UACUGCUGAUCACCAUCUUCUGCCUCCAUAGCUGAGAAACUAGAAUAAAAGGAAGAGCAACCAACCCAGAAACUUACUCCCAAAAAAGAAGUUAAAAAAAACAAAAAAGAAAAAUGGCUGUUGAAAGUUUUAGAGAGAUGUUAAAGAUUGAUGAAGAUCUUACAGUGAAAGCUUGCUCUGUGGCCAUGAAGGCUCAUAGAUCUUCAGACCAGCUUAUUCAGGUAGAAAAUUUUAGUGGGUCUUCAUCUUCAGAAGCUGUAAUUUUCAGCUUUCCAGGAUCUGGGUCUGAAAAAGAUUGGUUCAGUGAUGCUUCUUUUGGAGCUAAAUCAGCCAAAGGUUCAGUGUUUUCUGAAUAUCUCAGAAGUCUUGGAACCGAUGAAGCAGCUUUCUUGAAUGAAGCAUUUCUGCAGAAAUUCGAAUAUAUACGGAAACAACUUCAGGACAAGGUAGAAGAAGCUGUGAAAGGGAACAAGAAAAUAGUGUUUACAGGGCACUCCCUUGGUGGUCCAGUUGCAGUCCUGGCAACAAUUUGGUUCUUGCAAGAAUAUGUGAAACCCCAGAAUGCAAAACCACCCUUUUGUGUGACCUUUGGAUCUCCCCUUGUUGGUAACCACAUUCUUUCUCAUGCUCUUGAGCGAGAGAAAUGGUCUGGCUACUUCAUACAUUUCGUCAUGAGAUACGACGUCGUCCCUCGAAUUUUGCUUGCUCCUCUUUCAUCCAUCCAACAGCAGUUUAACCAAAUUCUCAACUUCUUCAAGUUAAAAUCCAUGUCUGCUGGGUACGAGUCCUCUGAAAUAACCAACGAUGCUUCCAAUUUCUUUACGUCUGUGAUGAGGAAUGCAUCCACCAUUGCAAGCCAUGUUGCGUGUAAUCUGAUGGGGAGUACAAAUCUGUUGUUGGAAACUAUAACGAACUUCAUUCAGCUCAGCCCUUACAGGCCUUUUGGCACUUACGUUUUCUGCACUGAAAAUGGAAAGCUGGUAACCUUAAAGAACUCGAACGCAGUUUUGCAACUGUUGUUCUAUUCUUGUCAGUUGAGCAAUGAGACAGAGCUUCAAACGGUUGCUUAUAAAAGCUUAAGAGAUCAUUUUGCCUAUGAAAGUGAGCUGAAAGAAAACUUGCUAGGGAUGCAAGAUGUUGUUUCUAUAGAUCCACUGGAAAAGAUUGGUGUAGCAGAUGAAAGAAUUAACCAGGCCUUAGAUGACCUCGGUGUGAGUACGGCAGCCAGAUUGUGCCUUCUGGCCUCAGGAGAGUCAGAGAAGCAAAAACGAAAAAACCAGGACAAAAUUGAUUCAAAGAAACCAGAAAUUGAUAAAAUACUAAAGGAGCUUGAAAGCUACAGAGAUGCAAGUAAGGAUCACAAAGUGGGGUAUUACGAUGCCUUCAAGCUUCAAAAGAGUCAAAAUGACUUCAAAGCAAAUGUGAAGAGGCUUGAGCUUGCAGGCAUAUGGGAUGAGAUCAUAGAAAUGUUGAAAAGGUAUGAACUCCCAGAUCAAUUUGAGGGCGAGAAGGAAUGGCUAGAGAUAGGAACAAGGUACCGCCGCAUUGUUGAGCCUCUGGAUAUUGCCAACUACUAUAGACAUUUGAAGAAUGAUGACACAGGACCUUACAAAAUUAAAGGCAGGCCUAGACGUUAUAGAUACACACAGAGAUGGCGGGAACAUGAAGAAAGGAUGGAAGCAGGGUCCAGUGAAGAAUCCUGUUUUUUGGCAGAGGUGGAGGAGCUUCGCACUCGAACUGUUAAUGGAAUAAUACCAUCCAGUGAUAUCAUGACAAGGGUUCAGAAACUGCUGGGACAAGUAGAAGAAUGGAGCCAUCACAACGUGAUAGGUAAGGACGUGUUCUUGGAGGAGUCCACCUUCGUUAAGUGGUGGAAAUCACUCCCUCCCCAUCUCAGGUCACCAUACAUUAAUGCACAAGUUCUGAGUGUUUAACAGAGAUCUCAGCUACUGAUAGUGCUUGAUGAUGUGCUAAUUUCAAAAAUCCAAUGUUUCAUGUCAAUUUCAGCCGUCAGCUACUUCAGUUUUACUUCAGUUUUUCCGCCGCCAAUAAAUACUCCCAAUUCCACAGAAGUUUUGGGAGUUCAACCUGUUCUGAAUAUGGUUUUGUGUGAUUUAGUGUUUUUUGUUGUUCAUUUUGACUACAAACAAUCUCAGAAAUAUCAGUUCAUUUGCAUAUUUUAUCCACUUUAUCAAAAAGACUCCAACGCAGGUCUACCAGUCAGCUUCUUUCAA